AUGCUUAGCGAUCUGGAUAUGGCGACAGUAGUCGGUCCAACCAUCGCAUGUGUCCCGGUGCGUAUCUAUGUGGAUUCACAACUGCAAACCCACGAGUUCUUCGGGCCGGAAUCUGCCGCAUCGUUCACGACAUUUCUCAUCAUACAGCCAGAUUUCGAGUCUGGCUUUAGCAACGACACCGAAACUAUUGUCGAAACUGACAACAGUUCAUACAAGUUCUACGUGGAUUACUCAGUUUUCAUUGAGUGCUUUUCACGCUCAGGGGACGUCACAGUGAAGAUGCUGUACGACCCAGCCGUACUCCCGAGGUGGGACGCUGAGAUGAUGGAAAAGCAGUUUGAGCAACUGCUAGUCCAGAUCGCAUUCGGCCUAGAUCCAUUAGCAGUGGUUGCAGACUUGAGACCCCUGACACAUCAACAAGCUGAAGACAUCCUCAAGUUCAGCUGUAGCGAUCUGACUGAGCAUCGCGAAUGUCUCCAUGAGCGAGUUUUCGCCAAAGCGAAAGCCUGGGAGGCAAAUGACGCUGUUCAUGGGUGGGAUGCCAGAUACACCUAUUCUAAGCUGCAAAGCACCGUGAAACUGCUCACUCCGCGUCUCUCACCUCAUCUCGGAGGCACGGCUGGAAAAAAUAUCCCGAUCUGCUCCGAAAAGUCGGCAGCUGCCGCGCGAUCGCUGUCUGCAGAGCGGUAA